CUGAUGCAGCCGUCGCGAGCUAAACAAACAUGUCUCCUCUACAUUAUGAGACAACGGACCUUAAUGAUACUUAGGCAAAUGAAAAGGGAAAUAUGCGACGAUCAAUAAGAAACGUGCCAAACAUAAAACUGUCGAUGGAGAGUUUAUAUAUUAUUCAGUUAGUUAGCUUAGUGUAGCAUUUUGUGAUCGUGUUUACAACUGCUAGUUAGCUCUCCAGUUGGCUAAUAUAAGCUAGCAAAAUGGACCUUGGAACAAUGUUGUACAAUAAUUUAAAAGAUGUUACAUGGAGCACGACGUCCUUACCAUUAGAUCAACUUGUCAGUGCUUAUAGGUUGCCUCAAAUUGCCAAACUGGAUAACGGCCAGUUGGUUGAAGGACUCAGAGACAAAGACUACCUCUUGAUUCAUUCCUGCCGUCAGUGGACGACUAUUACUGCUCACAGUCUGGAAGAGGGACACUAUGUCAUUGGACCCAAAAUAGAGAUCCCAGUGCACUAUGAAGGUCAGUUUAAGCUACUGGAGCAGGACAGAGAUGUCAAGGAGCCUGUGCAGUACUUCAACAGCGUGGAGGAGGUGGCCAAAGCAUUCCCUGAAAGGGUAUACGUCAUGGAAGAAAUCACUUUCAAUGUUAAGAUGGCUUCAGGCGAAUGCAAUGAAGAUACUGAAGUUUACAACAUAACACUAAGCACCGGUGAUGAACUGACGUUAAUGGGCCAGGCUGAGAUCCUAUAUGCCAAGAGCUCCAAAGAAAAAUCAAGAUUCAACACAAUUUUUAAGAAGAUUGGGAAGCUCAAUUCCAUCAGUAAGAUCGGUCGAAGCAAGAUGCCAUGCUUGAUCUGCAUGAACCAUCGCACCAAUGAGAGCAUCAGCCUGCCUUUCCAGUGCAAAGGCAGGUUCAGCACCUGCAGUCCACUGGAGCUUCAGAUGCAGGACGGCGAGCACAUCAUCAGGAACAUUGUGGAGAAAACCCGUCUCCCUGUCAAUGUCACAGUACCCAACAGUCCACCCCGCAACCAUUAUGACAUCCAUCUCAUCCGUGAGGGUCAUCGCUACAAAUUGGUCAACAUUCAGACCAAGACGGUGGUUGUGUGCUGCAUCUUGCGAAGCAACAAAAUUAUCCCCAUCCAUUUUCCCUUUCAUAUGACCAUGCCUAGAUGUAUUAUUCCAGAAGAACUGCUGCAAGGAGAACUGUGGCUAGAGACUAUGGUACAUCGCUGGUUCUCCUUCUGCCAGGAUCAGUUUGACAUAGACGACUAUUCUCGUGCCGUCCGGGAUGUGCGGACAGACUGGAACGACGAUGGUAAGAGCCCUAAGAAAAGCAGCGGGAAUGGAAGUUGCAGUGGAAGCAGCGGAGGCAGCAACAGCUCCAACGGUUGUACAAACCACAUGCAGAUUCCCAGCUCUUUAACUUACGCUCGGGAUGAACUCACCCAGUCCUUCCACCGACUAUCUGUGUGUGUGUACGGCAGCAACCUGCACGGUAACAGUGAGGUUAAUUUGCAGGGCUGUAUGACGUUGUGUGGAGAUUGGGCUCUUCUGCCCUCAGAUAGUAUCCCUUCAGACUCAGGAGAAAAUGAACACUUUUUCCCCGAACUGAUGGAGAGCUCAAACCAACCAACAUCCCUCAACAAGUCAGACGUUCCCUAUGAGGAGCUGUGGUUGGAUCAGUUGAGAGGUCAGAUCCCAAAACCUUCUGUCAGUGAGGGAAUUCGAAGCACCAACAAUGGCUGUGGCACAACAACAGCCCUGUCAUACCCAGUCACUUGUCCUCUUGGUGCAACACCCAGUGCCGAUGCAGCUCUUACUCCUCCACCGGUUCCACCCAAGUCUGAAGCUGUGAAGGAAGAAUGCCGACUUUUGAAUGCCCCACCAAUUCCUCCACGAAGUUUGAAACAAAUGCCAUCGAUGCCCAUCCCGUCGAAGCCUCGGCAGCAAGAGACUCGGUCUCCAAGUCCGACCCUCUCCUAUUAUUCUUCUGGUCUUCACAACAUUAUCGGAGCAUCUGAGCAGGAGGCGGCCGACCCACAAGAACAGAGCCAUGUGUGCUACCCCUGUAAUUGGGUUAAAUCCAACAGCACUGAGCCAAAUGUUACGUGGCCCAGUAGUAGCCUGCCAUCAGAUGGGAUGUCUUCCAGAUUGUCUUGGCCAAAUAACUUCAGUGGAGGAGAAUCGCACUGCAUGGAGGAAUUUCUACCAUUUAGCUGUCGGAGUUACUACAGUUACCCCAGGAAAAGAUCCCUGAGCACCCAAAAAAGCUGCACAGCCAGCCUUCUGGACUUUGAUGGAGAGUACGCACACAGCAGUAAGGUCAGGACGCACAGCAGGUCGCAGAAAGCUGCUCUGCAUCAGUUCUGCACCAAAUCUUCAAGUUACAGUUCAGAAAUGUACAGAGACAAGCCAAUAGAAGAAUCUGACGCAAAGCAGAGCCUCUCUUGCCCCAUCUUGCCACCCAGAACACCGAAAUCAAAUGCCAUUAAGAAGUGCACAGAUUCACUGUCGGGAUCAGUCUGUGACAGUGAGCAGGAGACUUCAAAUUGCUCACUACCUCAACAUGAGCAGGGCGCAAAAGAGACAUCUGUCCUCUCUAACUCAUUAACUGCUAACUGUGCAUCCCUUUCUCCCGCUGCACAGUGGCAGCCCCCGUCCAGCCUGGCCGGUCUCUCUAUCGAGGAGGUGUCCAAAUCUCUAAGGUUUAUUGGCCUGCCAGAUGACAUUGUUUCUCUUUUUGUGUCCGAGAAGAUAGAUGGGAGUUUACUCCUGCAGCUCACUGAGGAGAUUUUGUCAGAGGACUUCAAGCUAAGCAAACUGCAGGUAAAGAAACUCAUGCAGUUCAUAAAUGGGUGGAGACCCAAGAUAUAGCUAACAGUAUGUAACACUAAUUCCUGUUAUAAAGCAGGGAACAUCAUGCCUUCAGUGUAUAUGCUAUGCACACCAAGCCACAAAGAGGUUUUGUUGUUGUAUAAUAUGAAUUCAUUUCCUUGUUACUAUAUUGUGGGGAAGUUGGGUAAUAUUAGCCCACUUAAAGUCUGUGACUGCUAUUUACUAACUGAAUGGAAUCCUUUGGCACUUUCAUGAAGACAUUUUCAUGUCAGCUACACACUGAUGUGACGCGAUGAGAAUAUUGUUUUAUUCUUUCCUUAAAGGGGAAUAUCACAACACUAUUCCCAGGAUUUUUAAAAGAGCACAAAAAACAGGAUAUACUAUUACCAUGUUAAAAAAACCCAAUGUGAAAGUAAUUUUUAUUUAAUAGUGGAUACACAAGUGGAAAUUUGGCUGCAUUUGGUAACUAAAAAAAAAAGGCUUGCUUGAUCCCAAGCUUGCAAUUAUGUAGUUAUGCACUUAGUCCUGCACCGUUUUCACGAGGUCAGCGAUGUAAUGGAGAAUGUUCAAUCAUUUCUAAACUAAACAGUCAAUUCACUUCUGUUGAAUGAAGUCAAGAGAUGCCUUCUGCUAACAAGUAUUAAGAUACAGUUUACUUGUUUUCUUUUAAAAAGAAAUGUACACUUUUGAGCACUUAAGCCGUAAGUUUAGUGGUAUCAUACUGAAGUACAGCUUCUUAUAAAAUGAACUGGUAAAACGGGACGGGACGACUUAAAUCUUAAAGUGUUGCCUGCAUUUAAACCAACUGAGCGUUGUUGGCCAUCGCAAAUCACAUCUGCAUUCUUGGUGUGAUAUUCUACUUUAAGGAACUAGAGUGAGCCAACUGAAAUGAUUAUCAUGGUCUCUCAUGUGCAACACGAUGUCAGAUUUGCCAACUCUUCCUUAUGCAAAGUCUUAUUUCUAUUUGAUGCCUUUUUAUUCUAAAGUUAUUAUUAUAUAGCUCCUUGCUUUAACCGUAGACAUCUCUGCUAAAAGAUAACUUUGAGGUUAUCUGUAGCAGAAAAAAACCGGACUGAGGUCUAACAAUAUUAUGUCCUUACUCUAAAACUAACAUGGAAAUAACCGACGAUAGAUAAAGGACCAUGACGUUCUACAUAAAAUACAAAUUAUGCAUCAUGCACUUUGGUAGAUUUCAGCUUAAUUAAUUGCAGUUAAGAUUUUAAAUAUAAACAUAUAAAAGAAGAGUGUAUGUAGAGUAAAUGCGAUACGUGCUUUUUCAAAAACUAAAAUGGUACUUAUCUGUUCUCAUUGUAUGUGUCGUAAGUGUCCUCUAAUGCUAGUAAACGAUAGAUUUUCUGCGCCUUAACCCAGAGACCUUAAAAUAUAUAAUAUUUCGCUUUGGCUUAACAUUUUCAUUUGGUCAGUCUCUUGUCUUGAGAAUAUAGUGCUAACAUAAACGCCUCAACAUGAACAUGAGAGAAUGAUGUUAAGGGUGUAUUUCCUUGUGGCCUGAGAGGCAUGGGAGGAAAAAUAGAAAAUGAUCUGCUAAAAAGAAAUAUUGGUUUCUAUUUUAUUUUAUAUAUAUAUAUCCUUGAUUCAGAGUUGAUUUAUUUAUGCAGUAUUUAACAUGCAAAAUAUGCAGAAGAGGUAUUGUCAGACUGUUGGUAUGGCUGAUAAAUGAAGGUGCCUCAGCAACAACACAGUUCUGAUCUGUUGGCCAACAGCUGGUGUUUUUUUCCCCCCUGACACUUUUUGCAGUGGGUUGUUACAUAUUUUACUUGAUAUUUUUAUUUUUUAUGUAGUGCAAAUGUGAUUUUUAUAAAAGAAACUGAUUACUAAUAUUGAAAUUAUUUUUAUUGAGAAAAAAGCUUAUGUUCAAAUUUCAGUUUUUUUUUAUUCUGUACAACAUAGGUUCUACUUUAUAAAUCCAUUAAUUAAAAUAAAACUUGGCCACGAGGAUAAACACAUCCCCUGCAAGCCUCCGUCACUACAAAAAAAACAAUGUUAAUAAGCCAUGUGUUCAGGUCAUUUUCCAGAUUUCCAUGUAGCUUUGUCACAGUGAUCACUUUCUAUGUGCCCCUUGGCAUUAUUAUUAUUAUUAUAUGGUAAUUAAUGUCCUAUGCAAUAGCUAUGGCAAUCCAAACAGACCAUGAGAAGGAACAACUAAGCAAGGGAUGAAAAUCGUCAAUUGUACUUAAAUAAUUCUGAGUAAACUGUGAACACACGACAACAACUGACCCAGCCCCAUUAAUACACUAUCAUCACAGUCAACACUAAAGAGUAUUUCAUCGUGAUGUCUGUCCCCUCUGCACCGAGGCCCACAUGAACCAUUACCAUCUCUGUGCAAAGACACUGGUUUUGAUCACAUUUGGAAUAGUAGGUCAACUUUACUGAAAUCUUGAGUUAUGGAAAGUUAUCUUUCAAUUCAACUGUUGUCUCUAUUUCUGAUUGUAUUAUAUAUUAAAAAUCGAUUAACUGAUGUGCUUUUUCUUCAGUCAAGUAGUAGCGCUGUUUGUAUAAUAUGUAAUGUAAAUGUAUGUAAUGUUUGAAUAAUAUUAGAAUCAUAAACUAUAGAAAAAACAG